CGUAGUUGCUGGUUUCCUUUGAUGUCUUGUUCGUGAGGAGUUGCGGAUUUGCUGUGAAGUGAACUAAGGUCCAUAGUUUGACCCACAUGGUGCCUCUCAAGGAAGCUGGAAGACAUCUAUACGAGGAAAUGCCUCUACGCUUCAAGGAAAAUGAUCUCCUCCUUUCGGCCUCCGUCUACAACUCGUCCAUUUUUUAUCUGAUUUUCUUCAACCUCCUUUUUAUGGGGGUAGAAUUUCAAACACCUCUCACUUUUCGGGCUCCAUUUCUGAACUAUUACAUCAAAGAUAUUCUCCAAGACUCUGCCACACAUAAUGAUUAGUAAUUUUCGAUCAGCGUACCAAAACCUCUGUAGACCCUACAAAACUAUGUGCCACAUUUCCAAGUAUUUCUUGUAAAAAGCUCAUUAA